AUGGCGGGGUAUCGACCGCGGCCAUCCGCAACAGACGGCGGUGCCAAAACACCAUUACAACCCAAAUCGUCAGACUCAAUUAAUCGCCUCGCCAAGCCCUUCAAGUGCCCGGGAUCGGCAACUUACACUCGAGCCUCAGAGAAGCCGGCCAGGAAGAGGCGCAAGGUGAACUAUGCCAAUGCCGAUGGAAGUGCGGAAGAUGGGGCGGAGAAGCCGUACACUAAUGAAGAUCGGCUGGCUUUAGCAACCCGAGAAGCCAACAAAUUUCCCGUGUUCAAGCCCAAGGAUAAAGAUGCUGCGUUCAGACAAAGGUUCCAAAUCCCUUUGAUCAACAAAGUCACCGACGACUACAACGCCGGUCGCCCCGCCCCGACCUUGGGCAUGCGACGAGGUGCGACGUUUGUGGUCAAGCCACUUCAUGAUCCCAGUGGAGAAUUUGCCAUUGUCUUGUAUGACCCAACCGUUGACGAUGUCGCCGAGGAGUCUGCGCCCAAGGAUCAAGAAGGGCAGAAGGAAGAGCACAAGCCCGAGCUGGAUGAGCCACUGGUUCAUAAGAGUCUGGCUGAUAUCCUUGGUCUCAAAAAGAAAGUGGAAGACCGGCCAAAGGUGCCUGUGGUCAUUGAUCCCAGGUUGGCCAAGGUUCUCCGACCACAUCAAGUGGAGGGUGUGAAGCUUGGGUAUUUGCAGUUUCUUUAUAGAUGCACAACUGGGAUGGUCGACAGGAAUGCAAAUGGCUGCAUCAUGGCGGACGGUAUGGGACUGGGCAAAACGCUUCAAUGCAUCGCUCUAAUGUGGAGCCUGUUAAAACAGUCCUCGGAGGCUGGGAAAACAACAAUCCAGAAAUGCGUGAUAGCUUGCCCGUCCAGUUUGGUAGGGAAUUGGGCCAACGAACUCACGAAAUGGCUGGGGAAGGAUGCUACGAUACCUUUCGCGGUGGAUGGCAAGGCUACCAAGACAGAACUCACGACCCAAAUCAAGCAAUGGGCCAUGGCGUCAGGACGUAGCAUCGUGAGGCCCGUGCUUAUCGUGUCGUACGAGACGCUGCGCAUGUAUGUGGAGGCACUUAAAGACACUCCAAUCGGGUUGCUUCUAUGUGACGAAGGCCAUCGGCUCAAAAACAAGGAGAGCUUGACAUGGACAGCUUUGAACAGCCUCAAUGUUAGUCGUCGGGUAAUUCUUUCCGGAACGCCCAUCCAGAACGACCUGUCCGAGUACUUUGCUCUCCUUCAUUUUGCCAAUCCAAACCUCCUGGGCUCUCAGAAUGAGUUUCGGAAAAAGUUUGAACUGCCGAUUCUUCGGGGUCGCGAUGCCGCAGGCACUGAAGAAGACCGAAAGAAGGGUGACGAGCGCUUGGUUGAACUUUCCGGCAUUGUCAACAAGUUCAUCAUCCGCCGGACGAACGACAUUCUUUCGAAAUACUUGCCCAUCAAAUAUGAGCAUGUCGUGUUCUGCAACAUGUCCCAGUUCCAACUCGACCUCUACAAUCAUUUCAUCCAAAGCCCGGAGAUCCGAAGCCUGCUUCGAGGAAAAGGCAGCCAACCUCUCAAGGCAAUCGGAAUUUUAAAGAAGCUUUGCAACCACCCCGAUCUACUCGACAUAGCCAGCGAUCUUCCAGGGAGCGAGCAUACUUACCCCGAGGACUUCACGCCGCCCGAAGCCAGGGGCCGUGACCGAGACGUCAAGAGCUGGUACUCUGGGAAGAUGAUGGUGCUUGAUCGGAUGUUAGCACGGAUUCGUCAAGACACUAACGACAAGAUUGUUCUCAUCAGCAAUUACACCCAGACCCUGGAUCUCUUUGAACGGCUCUGUCGAUCGCGAGCCUAUGGUAGUCUGCGGCUCGAUGGCACAAUGAACAUCAAGAAGCGGCAGAAGCUUGUGGACAAAUUCAACGACCCGGAUGGGCCCGAGUUUGUUUUCCUGCUCAGUAGUAAGGCCGGUGGAUGUGGUCUGAACCUGAUCGGAGCCAACCGGCUGGUACUCUUCGAUCCUGAUUGGAACCCGGCCGCUGACCAGCAAGCACUGGCCCGUGUAUGGCGUGAUGGACAGAAGAAGGACUGCUUUGUCUAUCGGUUCAUUGCGACCGGCUCGAUUGAGGAAAAGAUCUUCCAACGUCAAUCACACAAACAGUCGCUCUCGUCUUGCGUUGUCGAUUCGGCCGAGGACGUCGAGCGCCACUUCUCGCUGGAAUCACUGCGGGAACUUUUCCAGUUCAAACCUGAGACACCCUGCGAUACCCACGAUACCUUUAAAUGCAAACGAUGUCGGUCCGACGGCACCCAGUUUAUCAAGGCUCCGGCCAUGCUCUAUGGAGACACGAGCUCAUGGAACCAUUUUGUUAAUAGUGGAGAGCAGGGGCCCCUGAAUCAGAUCCAAGACCUGCUCCUCCGACAAGAGACAAGUGAACGGGAUGUCUCUGCGGUUUUCCAGUACAUCAGCCACUGA